GCUGAUUCGGGCCGGAAUUAGCAGGAGUGAGGCUGACUGUGAGUCUUUUUUUUUAAUUAUUAGUUGAGUUGGGGUUUGAUUCCUUCUCGCAAGCAAGAGGAGAAAUGAGGAGGGUAGCCUCGAAGUCCCACGAUUGUAUCCUUUUUAGUAUCAGAUUUCCGAAUCAUCUAAUCCACCGAAUUUCGGGCUUCCAGUCUCCUCUGACGUUGUCUUGACGGAAGAUCACCAUUCAAUCUAAUUCUCUCUCUCUCUCUCCAAUAAUCUGCUCUCUUUCUGUCUGUCUCGCUUAGGGGCGUCUGAAUCAAAGAGGGAGGGUGCUGGUUUGCGGAGGCAGCUGGACUUCUGCGAGCUUAGAAUCCUCUCUCGUUUAUUGAUCAAAGCACAGCUUAUGCUGUUGGAGGCUCUUUUUCUCAACACUUGAAUGUUGCACCAUCUAUUUUAGCUGAUCAGUUUAAGAGGGAAAUAUUUUAAGCUAAAGAGAGAUAGAAGCUGGCAUAAUGGGUUCUGUUUGUUGUUGCUUGAGUGCUGAUGAAUUUGAAGAUUAUGUAAAUAGAAAUAGUUCUGUGUAUAGGAAUUGUGUGUGUCUCAAUUGCUUCCUACAGAACUUUAUGAAUGCGUAUUCAGCAAUAUUCCACAGAGGCGACGUCCAUUCACUACCUUCAUCCAUACAGGGGGCAGCAUCUAUGGCUUCGGCAGCAUCACUUGAUAAUUCACUAUCUGACAUGUACCAUUCUCCUCCAAGGCCCUUGCCUUAUGAUGUAGACCCUAGGCAUUUCCGCUCACGUGAUUUAUUUGUUUCAAGGCAUGACAAAGGUUCUAGUCAUUUGAAUGAAGAGUCAGAACCUCUAAGAGGUGACGUAGACGGGGAUCAAGAAUCCUUAAAUUCUGGAGGCAAAUGGAAUGGAUCUUCCUGUGAAGAUGCAUCAAAGGAAUACAGAUCUAAGUCCUCAGUAAGGUUCUCAUCAGCAAAAUAUGCAACUGGAGCUGGGCUUGUUUAUGCAUCAUCCGAAGAGGAGGAUGUUUGCCCAACUUGUCUUGAAGAGUAUACUGAAGAGAACCCAAGGAUAUUGACAAAGUGCAGUCAUCAUUUUCAUCUUAGUUGCAUUUACGAGUGGAUGGAGAGAAGUGAAAGCUGUCCAGUCUGUGGGAAGGUGAUGGUAUUCGAUGAAACAACUUAAUUUUGAACAUAAAAGAUUGUGAUGUGGAUGAAGCCUGUUGCGGAGGAAAGUAGACAUUGUGAAUAUCGCAGUGAUUGUCAUGUACAGUGUGAGUAUACGAGUUUUCUUUACCAUCUCUGUACGUUGAAUCUCAUCUUGAGAUGUUUUUACAUUUCAUUCCUUCCCCUUCUGUCCAAAUUUGGAAAAGGAAAAUGCAAUUUGAGAUCUAAACUUCGUGAUGCUUUCAAGAGUUUAGCCUUUGCAGCAGAAAUGUACUUAUUUCUGGGUCUUUGUGGUAACAUGCUUACGAGUUUCAGGCC